AUGCGACAAAUUAAAAGGAAUGUGCAGCGAGGCUUGCACGACCCGGACAAGGACGACCCUUUUGAUCUGUUCAUUUCGUCGACUAACAUCCGCUGGUGCUACUACAAGGAGACGCACCGGAUUCUAGGCCAAACCUUUGGCAUGUGCGUGUUGCAAGACUUCGAGGCCUUGACUCCCAACCUACUCGCACGCACUGUUGAGACUGUCGAGGGGGGAGGACUGGUUGUCCUGCUGCUGCAAUCAGUCACCUCCCUCCGCCAGCUCUACACGAUGGCCAUGGACGUGCAUGCGCGCUUCCGCACCGAGGCACACGGCGACGUUCUGGCCCGUUUCAAUGAGCGCUUUAUCCUCUCCUUGGCAGACUGUCGGACUUGUUUGGUGCUGGACGACGAGUUAAAUGUUUUGCCUAUCUCAACGAAGAGUCGCGCUCUGGUCGCCGGGCCGGGCGUGGAUCAAGGCGCCAUCGGAGCUGCGGAGGCGGCGCUGAGUGACCUGAAGGAGUCGGUGGCAGAGAUGCAGCCGCUAGGAGCCUUAGUGAGCCUGGCUCGGACGGUGGACCAAGCGAAGGCCGUGAUCUCUUUCCUGGAAGCAGUGCAAGACAAGGCGCUAAGGACAACGGUCAGCCUCACGGCAUCGCGUGGGCGGGGCAAGUCUGCGGCCGUCGGGCUCUGCUUGGCUGGGGCCGUCGCUUUCGGGUACAGCAACAUUUUCGUGACGGCGCCGUCGCCGGAGAACUUGGAGACGGUCUUCGACUUCGUGAAGCGGGGCCUGGUGGCGCUCAAGUACCAGGAGCACCUGGACUUCGAGGUGGUGCAGGCAGGACACCACAGGCAGGGGCCGCAGGGGGGCCUGGAUGCGAGGGCGACGGUGCGGAUCUCCGUCUUCCGGCAGCACCGACAGGUCAUCCAGUACAUCGCCCCGCACGAGCACGAGAAACUCUCUCAGGCCGAGCUGGUGGCGGUGGACGAGGCGGCCGCCAUUCCUUUGCCCCUGGUCAAGAGGCUGCUCGGGCCCUACCUGGUGUUCCUCUCCUCGACCGUGACGGGCUACGAGGGCACCGGCCGCUCUCUCUCCCUUAAACUCGUGGCGCAGCUGCGGGAACAGCAAGGACGUGCCAUGGCUGGCAUGCGCAAGCUCAAAGAGGUGACGCUGGAAACGCCAAUCCGGUACGCUGCCGGUGACCCGAUCGAGCGCUGGCUCUACGCGGUCCUGUGCCUGGACGCUCAGAUCUCAAAGCACCGUAUCGUCUCCUCCUUGCCCCCCGCCAGCGCCUGCCAGCUCUACCAAGUCGACCGCGACGCGCUCUUCUCGUACCACAAGGUCUCGGAAGCUUUCCUACAGCGCGUCAUGGCCCUCUACACGGCCGCACACUACAAGAACCAGCCGAACGACCUCCAGCUCUUGAGCGACGCUCCUGCCCACCGUCUCUUCGUCCUGUUAGGGCCCCCGGGCUCGUCGUCCUCCCCAGAUGCUCUGCCCGACGUGCUCUGCGUCAUCCAGGUGGCCCUGGAAGGCCGCAUCUCCCAGGCCUCAGUGCAAGCCUCCUUGGCGCGUGGGCACCGGGCCUCGGGGGAUCUGAUCCCGUGGACCAUGUCUCAGCAGUUCCAGGAUGCAGACUUUGCCAAACUCUCUGGCGCCCGCGUUGUUCGGAUAGCCACCCACCCCGAUGCCCAGCGCCUCGGCUACGGGACCCGGGCCUUGACCUUGCUCCUGGAGCACUACGCCGGGAAAGUGAGCCCCGCCCGGCUGUGGCAGUGGAACCAGCUCCGUGACGAGCGCUUGCGUCCCCGCCAGGAGCUUCCUCCUCUUUUGGUGCCGUUGGACAAGCUUAAAGGGAGAGAGCGCCUGCACUGGGUGGGCUCCUCCUUCGGUCUCACGGAAAGUCUCCUUAACUUUUGGGCGCGAGCGGGGAUGCGGCUUGUCUACCUCCGGCAGACAGCCAACGACCUGACGGGCGAGCACACGGCCAUCAUGCUGCGCGCUCUCAGCACCGAGGGCCUGGAAGGGGAAGCCGUCGCCGGGGACUGGCUGGCGGCUUUCGCGGAGGAUACACUGCGGCGUCUCGUGAGCCUCCUUUCGUUCGAGUUCCGGGAGCAAUUGGGCACGGCCUUGGACUUGGCCAUUUUGAACAACGUGCGCGAAGGUCUUGCGCCGCCUGGACCGCCCAUCACAGCCAAGCAACUGGGAUAUCUCCUGAUUCCUCGCGACCUGGAGCGCCUCCACCUGUACGCUCGCAACUUGGCCGACUACCACUUGAUCACAGACCUACUCCCGACGCUGGCGCGGGUCUACUUCUUGCGGAUGUUGCCAGCGAGCGUGCACCUGUCCCGGCUCAUGGAGGCUAUUUUGGUGGGGCUGGGGCUUAGGCAUCGGACGGUGGACCAGCUCGCGCGAGAGCUCGGGAUAGAGGGGGAUCAGAUACUUGCCCUAUUCAACAAGAUAGUUCGCAAGAUUGGAGCCAGUAUGAAAGAGAUUGGUGGGCAGCAGGAGGUGGCCGGGGUUUCGGCCGUAUCAGGGAAGGGUAUGACUCACGGUCCGUCGAAGGCACCGAAGAAAGACCAGGCCAGUGUCGAAUCAAGAAAAAACAAAGGGGCGGCGGAGCUGAACGGCAGUCACGCGGAAAAAAAGCGGAAACUUUUGGAGGAGGAAAGAGGGGAGCCCCCGGCUCUGUUAUCGAUCGACCCCGCUCAAGAGCGUUCUAGGGACAAGGAGAAAAAGAAGAAGAAGAAAGACACAACCGCAGUCCAUGCACAGACGAAGUCGCCGUCGGUUGAGCACGACGUAAUUUCCGCGGUGGAGUUUAAAAAAGGCACGUCUCCGGUGGUUUCACCAAAAAAGAAGGACAAGAAGCAGAAGAAGCAUAAGAAAGAUAGCGACUGA